AUGACUUACAAACUUUUUAACUUUAUUCUUAUAUUAAGUUAUUUAUUCUUAAGAGUUUAUUCAUUUAUACCUGAAGGACGUUCGGCUCAUUCUACUGUCCUUAUUGACAAUAAGCUGUAUUUUUUUGGAGGAUUUGUUGAAAAUGCUAAGUCUUGCACAAACCAAGUGUUUUAUCUCGAUUUAUCUCAAUCUUUUGAUCUGAUUGCUCCACCAUGGGUUUCACUUACGCAAAAUGCCGGAAUACUAUUCAAAAGUUGCCGGGGAACUGCUUUAUUGAAUGAAAAGGAACAAACUAUAUAUUUAUUCGGUGGAUUAAUGCGCAAUAAUUUAAAUAAAGAUGAAUUUGUAUCAAACGUUCAUUCAUUAAAUUUAAAAUCCUUAUCGUGGAAUGUGCCUAAUAUUGAAGGAACCCCACCUGAAAGGCGCAGAAGUAUGAAGGGUGUUAUUGAUAAUACCGGGAAAAUAUAUAUUUUUGGUGGAUUUACUGGACCUACGUUAGGUUCAGAAACAAUAAUACGUUACAAUGAUAUGGUCAUCCUAGAUACAGCUGAAUUAUCAUGGUUAAUCAUUCCAGCUAGUAAACCGUAUGCUGCAAAUUCUUAUACCGCAACAUUAUUGUCUAAUGGAGUUAUUGUAUAUAUUGGUGGUACAGAGACUCGAGAAGCUACUGCAACAUCGAUUGACAUUAAAAUCAUUAACCUUUUUGAUACAAAGACCUUAACUUGGUCAGUGAAAAUUGCAACAGCUUCAAAUAUAAUUUCAAAUCGUUUUAGUCAUACAGCGGUUUUAGCAAGUGCGACUAAAUAUGACUCAUCAACACCACAAUCAUCACCAGCUAAUGUUGUUACAAAUAAUUCUAAUAGUACAAUUAAAAUUAUAUCCGCAUCAAUUGGAGGAACUGUGGGCGCAGUUAUAAUAAUUGCGUGUGGAUUUUUAAUUUAUAGAUGGAAUAAAAAUAGGAUUGAGCUAGAUCCAGGAGAACAUAAACUACCUGGAAGUAUUACUCAAAUUCAUCAUAGUAGUUAUAUGAUAUAA